AUGAUCAUCGAGGCGCUUGGUCAGCUGCCAGAAUAUCACUUUCUGUGGAAGUUCGAGACCGACCUACAGCUCAACCUACCAUCGAAUGUUAUGGUGCGGAAGUGGUUUCCACAGAACGACAUUCUGGCCCACCGUAAGACCAAAGCGUUCGUGACGCACGCUGGACUGCUGAGCACACACGAAGCCGUGUGGUACGGGGUACCAAUCGUGGGCAUUCCGUUCAUUACCGAUCAGCACCGGAAUCUCGAACGUUGCGUUCGUAAAGGCGUGGCACGACGUGUCGUGUUUCAAACGAUGAGCAGCGACAAGCUAAAGCAGGCCUUGCAGGAUGUUUUGGAGGAUCCCAAGUAUCGCACCCGCAUGGCGGCGCAGUCUGCACUGUUUCGCGAUCAGCCCGAGAAACCGUUGGCACGCGCCGUCUGGUGGAUCGAAUGGGUCCUGCGUCACCCAAACGCGACGGAGCUGGAGUCGCCUGUGUUGAAGCUGGGAUUUCUCAGAACGAAUCUGGUCGACGUAGGCAUCUUUCUGCUAUGUAUUCCGCUCGUUGGUGUGCUCGUGUUAAUGAGACUGGUGCUGCGAACG